AUGCCACUUAAAUUCCCGGAAAUAUACCUGCUCAGUGUCAAAUACGAAGACAAGCUCUCCGAGCUUCAUGCUAUCGAGCGUGACAUAGACGUCGUCUUUAACAUCGGCGAAGCAGAACUGGUGCUCGGGGAUGUUAAUACAAAGGGACGUGCCAACUAUGAGCUCCGCAAGCUAGGUGUAUGGACCAAAGAUGUUACAGAAGUAACAGUGAAAAGGACUGUCCCAGAACCCGAUGAACAUCCACGAAAGCGGCGUAAGAUUACGAAGAAUGUGGACGGCAAAGAUGUGAUAAGUCUAGACUCGAGUUCAGACUCCGAACCGCGAUCCGAGGAUGAUCCCCAUCAACGAAAGACUCCAUUGAGUAAAGUGCGGGCUGUACCGUCGAGUCUGGACGGUGACAAUGCUCUUGGGUCUACCAAACUGGGUGAGACGAUCAAAGUCCUCAAUCUGAAAUGGUACCAUGACUCCAUGAAGCAGGGGAAGCUUAUGCCGCACAAACCGUAUCUUGUUUAUAAAGGGAAGGUCAUUCCUAAGCCUGGAAUGGAAUCAACCAAGCAGCAAAUCACUCCAACCAUGAUAUUUGCUCGCGCAAAAGCAGAUCUCCAGAGCACCCCACCACCAAAUUCGUUUCGCAGGCAUCAUAGGGGAACUCCAGAUAACCUGCAUAACUCGCACGGGGCCCGGGCGACUCUUUUACCUCAGGAAACCACAGCUGAGCACGAGUAUGUAGCAAAUCUGCCGCCUCUCCCAGAUUAUCUUCUUCCGGGAUCAUACGCCUGCCAGCGUCCGACGCCGUUACAUUCCCUGAACGAGUCUUUCAUAGCACAGCUAAGGAUGAUCAAGAAGAAGCGAGAAUACGCGGGCGAGGAAGAAGCCGGCUAUGCUUUUUAUACACGUUCGUAUGAAGCUGCCAUAGCAGCUAUCGCGGCUUAUCCUCAUACUUUGACUUCCGCUUUAGAGCUCCUCAAAUUGCCUCAUUGUGGAUCCAGAUUUGCUGCUCUGUUUCAGGAAUGGAAAGAAACUGGAAUGAUCAAGGAAGUAGAAGAUUUGAAGUAUGACGAAAAGUUCCAAGCCAUGGACGUUCUUACCGGUAUUUUUGGUGUCGGAGAUAAGACAGCUAGAGAGUUUUACGCAAAAGGUUAUAGAGAUAUCGACGACAUCAUCGAAUAUGCGUGGGACUCUCUAACUACAGAGCAAAUGAUUGGUACCAAGUUUUACUAUGACUUCCAGCAGCGCAUUCCCCUCCCAGAAGUCGAGAAGAUUGCGAACCACGUGCUAUCUGAGGCCCGAAAGGUAUAUCCAGGUUUCGAAAUGGUAAUCUGUGGCGGCUACAGAAAAGGCAAGCCAGAUUGCGGUGAUGUUGAUAUUGUGCUCAGCAACCGCGAUGAAAGCGCCACCGACAAUUUCAUCUAUGAAUUUCUCUUGGAUCUGAAAGACGAGGGCUCUAUAACCCAUGUUCUGAGAUGGACGAUGAGGAAUUCGGAGAGAGGCCAAACUCCUGUGAACCCUAUCAAGGCAAAAGCUGGUGGAGGGUUUGACACUCUGGACCACGCAUUCGUAGCCUGGCAAGAUCAAGACUGGCCUACCAAAGAAGCAGACCUCGCCAGAGAUCCCCAAUUCAAGAACCCAAACUUACAUCGUCGAGUUGACAUAAUCGUCUCACCCUGGAAAACGGCUGGAUGUGCUAUUCUCGGUUGGAGCAGCGGGACCUUCUUCGGACGCGAUUUGCGGAGUUAUUGUAGGAAAGUUAAGGGCUGGAAGUUUGAUACUAGCGGGAUCACGACGUUGGAUGAUGGGACUUGGGUUGAUUUGGAAAAGGGCGAUGGGGAUAUGUAUGUUAAGGAAAAGAGAUUGUUCGAAGGCUUGGGGCUGGAAUGGAGGGAUCCUACGGAACGAUGUACAGACUGA